AUGUCUUCGGAGUACUCUUACUGCAGUGAAAACGGGUUCGACGAGAUGUCAAGCUCGUCUGAUUCGGGGUUUGAUGUUAGUUUCGAGUCCCCGAAACACGAAAUUAAUUCGGUGGUUGAUUCUCUGUUUCCGCCGAUCAAGGAAGAGAAGAAGAAGAAAACCAGGAACACACGGUGCAAAAGUCCGACGCAGGUCCUGAAGCUCAAAAGAAACCGGCGAAUGAAAGCCAAUGACCGUGAACGUCACCGCAUGCAUACGUUGAACGACGCAUUGGAAAGGCUGCGAAUGGCCCUGCCCACAUUUCCCGAGGACACUAAACUUACCAAGAUCGAGACUCUGAGAUUCGCCCACAACUACAUAUGGGCGCUAUCCCAGACCCUGGGGAACAGCGAAGCCGGGGAAAUCACCGUCAACGUCGGCAACGUCACUGUUAGCAUCAGCGAGACCGGCAACAUGAUCACCUCUUCUACUGGAAGCUGUGCAGUCGCGGCCCAGAAAAGAUUAGGACCCAGCCAUCCUGCGUUUCCCUACCCCCAGGAGAGAUUCGUCCCCGAGUGGCAAGAGUACGAUUGCUACAGCGACCAAAGUGUCAGCCCUCCAGUGCAACACCAAAAAUUUUUUACAGUGAAAAAUGUCAAUGUUAUCUACUUUUUAAUUACUAAAGCUUGA